CGCGUCGUCUGGGAGGAGUAGGGAGAAGGAGGAUGGAGGCAUUUUUCACAGAGGGGGCCCGUGUCUGGGUCAAAGAGAAGGAGCAGCUGGUUCCCGCCACGGUCAACUCCUGUGGAGAUGGAACGCUUGUCGUCACAACCGACUAUGGAGAGGUGUUGUACCUGCAGCAGGCGGAGGUCACCAGGGAGCGGGUGUACGCUAUGCACCAGACCAGCAUUGAUGGGGUGGAGGAUAUGUCAGCACUGGCGGAACUGCAUGAGGCCGCCAUCAUGCACAACCUGUACCAACGCUACCAGAAGGAUAACAUCUAUACUAAUAUCGGCAGCUUCCUGGCAGCCGUCAACCCCUACAAGCCGAUCUCGGGUAUGUACGACCCAGAGAGGGUGGACCAGUACUCCAAGCACCAUAUAGGGGAGCUCCCACCGCACAUUUUUGCCGUGGCCAAUGAAUGCUACCGCUGCAUCUGGAAGCGCCACGACAGUCAAUGUGUCCUCAUCAGUGGUGAAUCAGGGGCAGGAAAAACGGAGAGCACCAAACUGUUGCUUCAGUUUCUGUCGGUGAUGAGCCAAAAAUCAACCGGGACUCCUCCAUCGGAGAAAAGUACACGAGUGGAGCAGGCCAUUGUUCAGAGCAGUCCGAUCAUGGAAGCAUUUGGUAAUGCGAAGACUGUUUACAACAACAACUCAAGUCGCUUUGGGAAAUUCAUCCAACUUCACUUCUCUGAGGGCGGCAACAUCCAGGGAGGCUGCGUCAUCGACUAUUUACUGGAAAAGAACCGGGUGGUGCGACAAAACCCUGGAGAACGAAACUACCACAUCUUCUACGCUCUGCUGGCAGGAGCUAACAAAGAACAUAAAGGCCUCUACUUCCUGGAGGACCCUGCCGAAUCUUUCCACUACCUCAGCCAAUCAGGAUGUCUGAAGGACAAGAGCCUGAAUGACAAAGAACUGUACAACAGCGUUAUGGAGGCACUGAAGGUGCUGGAGUUCAGCGAGGAGGAGAUCAGAGACAUGUUUAAGCUGCUGUCAGGAGUCUUACAGCUGGGAAACAUCGAGUUCAUGACUGCAGGAGGAGCCCAGAUCACAACCAAGCAAGUGGUCACUGAUGCCAGUGAGCUGCUGGGCCUGGAUGCCUUCCAGCUGUCUGAAGUCCUGACUCAGCGCUCCAUCAUCCUCAGAGGAGAAGAAAUCUGCUCGCCACUCACGAUAGAGCAGGCCGUGGAUUCCCGGGAUUCGGUUGCCAUGGCGUUAUAUUCCCAAUGUUUCUCCUGGAUCAUCCUCAAGAUCAAUCAGAAGAUCAAAGGGAAGGAAAACUUUAAAUCCAUCAGCAUCCUGGACAUCUUUGGCUUUGAGAACUUUGAGGUGAAUCGGUUUGAGCAGUUUAACAUCAACUAUGCCAACGAGAAACUGCAGGAGUACUUCAACAAGCAUAUCUUCUCCUUGGAGCAGCUCGAGUACAACAGGGAGGGUGUCCAGUGGGACGCAAUAGACUGGAUGGACAAUGCAGAGUGUCUCGACCUUAUAGAGAAGAAACUGGGCUUGUUGGCACUUGUGAAUGAAGAGAGUCGAUUCCCCAAAGGGACAGACGUCACGCUGCUGGAGAAGUUGCACAGCAGACACUCUACGAACCCUUACUACGUCAAGCCCAGACUCGCUGAUCAUCAGUUUGGAAUCAAACAUUAUGCUGGGGAGGUCCUGUAUGAUGUUAAAGGGAUCCUGGAGAAGAACAGAGACACCUUCAGAGACGACAUCCUCAACAUGCUCAAGGACAGCAGACUGGACUUCAUCUAUGACUUGUUUGAGAAGGUCGGCAGCAGGAACAAUGAGGAGAAGAUGGGCACGGCCAGACGCAAACCCACCGUGAGCUCCCAGUUCAGGGACUCCCUCCAUUCUCUCAUGGCCACCCUGAGUGUAUCCAACCCUUUCUUCAUUCGCUGCAUUAAGCCCAACAUGAAAAAGAAUCCAAGUGUGUUUGACCCAGAAGUCGUCCUGAACCAGCUGAGGUAUUCUGGGAUGUUGGAGACUGUGAAGAUCCGUCGGGCUGGGUUCCCCGUCCGCAGAACGUUUAAAGAUUUCUCCUCUCGGUAUAAAAUCAUUGCGAAAGAGAAAAAAUCAUCAUCAUCAGCAGCAGCAGCAGAUGAUAAGAAAAGAUGCACAGACCUUCUCCUCAAAUAUGAUAAGACCAAGAAAGAGUGGCAGUUGGGCAAGACCAAGGUGUUUAUGAAAGAAUAUCUCGAGCACCGUUUAGAGAAAGACAGAGAUGAAGUCCGAUCCAAAGCUGCCAUGAUAAUCCGAGCCCACCUACUCACUUUCUCUGCCAAGAAGCACUUCAAGCGCGUGCGCGCCAGUGUUGUCACCCUUCAGAAGCACUUCAGGAAGCACUUCCAACGCAGACGCUUCGUGAAGCAACGUAAGGCCGCGCUGGUGCUGCAGAGACACAGGCGAGGUCAGGUGGCGCGUACGCGAGUACGAAAACUCAGGGACGAAAAGCAGAAGAGGGAGGAAGAAGAGAAGAAGAAAGAGGAGAAGGAGAAGAAGACCCCGGCGGGCGAAGGGGAGCAGGAGGAAGUGAUUGAAGGAGCAGAGAAGGCCGAUGAAAGUGCUUCUUCUACAGGAGAGACCCGGCAGAUGGAGGAGAUCCUGCAGUUGGAGCGAGAGAUCGAGCGCCUGCAGAAGAAGAGAGAGGACGAGGUGUCCCAGCUGUGCGAGUCCUCCAAACAGGAGCUUCAACUGCGCCGAGACGCCGAGCUCAAGCGGAUGAAGAAGGAGGCGUCGCGCAAGGCCACGGAGCUCAUCGACCUCCUGAACUUCAGAGGCGUGGACACCUCGCUGGGAGCAGCCGCGGCCAAGCCCGCCGCUGCUGAGGCUAAAGCUCCAAAAGCGGCAAGUGCCACCAGGGGCGCGUCUAAAGAGGAGGAAGUGGACGAGGGGUUUCAUGCUGAGGAGGAGUGCAUCCCUCUCCCUGACUUCCCUCCUCCUGCUGAGACCGACGCUCCUAUCGAUCAGGACAUAUUUGCUCACCUCCCUCCUCCUCCACCUGCUUUUGCAGAGGGCACAGUGCCUCCUGCACCACCUCCUCCACUGCCUCUGCACGCAGACGGCGUGGCUGUUGCUGGAAUUCCUCCCCCUCCUUCACUCCCUCCACCUGGAGAUGGCUCCCCUGUCCCCCCUCCUCCUCCUCCUCCUCCUCCUCCUCCUCCUCCUCUUCCAGGAGAGGAUGAGAAGAAAAAAGGAGCAGACACGGAGAGAAAGGUGAGCAUGGUGGAGAGCCUCGGCGACGGGGAGGAGCCCAUCUACAGCAUGCCGGCCGACACCGAGUCCGAUUACGACCAGGAGGACGAGGAGGGGUCCGUCACCGCCGGAGACGACGGCUCCGUAUCUGGGAGCAACCGCGGGAGCGCCACCGUGACAGAUGAAGAGCACCCGAGGAAGUCAACCUGCACCAACGCCAGCGUCGAGUCCUACAAAGGCAGCUCCGACUCUUAUGCAGACAGUGACGAUGAACAUGAUGGCAUGAUGGACACCGAUGAAGAAGUGACUAAUGGCAGAGUGACCCUGCUCAAUGGGAAUGGACCACCAUAUUUCCAUGGCUACCUCUACAUGAAGGCUGGUCUGAUGAUCCCAUGGAGGAGGCGUUGGUGUGUGCUGAAGGAUGAAACCUUCAUGUGGUUCCGGUCCAAACAAGAGUCUCUCAAGUCCGGCUGGCUCUACAAGAAGGGGGGAGGCCUCUCCACUCUCUCACGGAGAAACUGGAAGAUGCGCUGGUUUGUACUGAGGGACAGCAAGCUGAUGUACUACGAGAACGACAGCGAGGAGAAGCUGAAGGGAACCAUCGACGUCCGAGCUGCCAAGGAGAUCGUGAAUAAUCAUGAAAAGGAGAACGCUCUGAACCUCGUGACGGAUGAGAGGACCUAUCAGGUGUUUGCUGAGUCGCCAGAGGAUGCAAGCGGGUGGUUUAAUGUGCUCAGUAAAGUGCGAGUGUGCACUCCUGAGCAGCUGAUGGAGAUGUCCCAUGAACAGGCCAACCCGAAGAACGCUGUGGGAACUCUUGACGUGGGGUUGAUAGACUCUGUUUGUGCUUCAGACAACCCUGAUCGGCCCAAUUCUUUUGUCAUCAUUACGGCCAACCGUGUGAUCCACUGCAACAGUGACACACCGGAGGAGAUGCAUCACUGGAUCAGUCUGCUGCAGAAACCCAAAGGAGACGCCAGGAUAGAUGGCCAGGAGUUCCUCGUCAGAGGCUGGCUUCAAAAGGAGAUGAAGACGAAUGCUAAGAGCACCUCCCUGAAAUUGAAGAAGCGUUGGUUUGUUUUGACCCACAACUCCCUGGAUUACUACAAGAGCUCAGAGCGAAGCUCCUCCAAGAUGGGAACUCUGGUCCUUAACUCCCUCUGCGCUGUCAUUCAGCCGGAUGAGCGAGUGCACAGGGAGACAGGUUACUGGAACAUCAUUGUGUACGGGAGGAAGCACUCCUACCGCCUCUACACCAAGAUGCUGAAUGAGGCCAUGAGGUGGACUGCUGCCAUACAGGGAGUCAUAGAUAGCAAGACCCCCAUAGAAACCCCGACUUUGCAGCUCAUCAGAGACAUCAAGGAGAACAGUGUGAACCCAGACAUCGUGGAGCAGAUGUACAGGAGGAACCCCAUCCUCAGAUACACUCAGCAUCCUCUGCACUCCCCUCUGCUGCCGCUCCCUUACGGAGAGGUCCCCAGCCUUCAAAGGCAGCAGGGCUAUGCCAGUCUGCAGGAUGAGGCUGUGCGAGUUUUCAACUCACUGCAGGAGAUGGAGACGCUGGCAGACACGGUGCCCAUCAUUCAGGGCAUCCUGCAGACCUGCCAGGACCUGCGCCCUCUCAGGGAUGAGGUAUAUUGUCAGGUGAUCAAGCAGACCAAUCAUGUGCCUCAGCCUAACAGCCCAGCCAAUCGGGCACACUGGCAUCUGCUCACCUGCAUGAGCUGCACCUUCCUGCCCAGUCGAGUCAUCCUCAGAUACCUCCGCUUUCACCUCAAGAGGGUACGAGAGCGUUAUCCCGGCACGGAGAUCGAGCGUUACACCAGCUUCGUCGGGGAAUCCCUGAAGAAGACCAAGGCUCGUGAGUUUGUUCCCUCUCAGGAGGAGAUCGCCGCCCUGCUGGUGAGACAGGAGAUGAGCACCACCGUCUAUUGCCACGGAGGAGGCUCCUGCAAGAUCUCCAUCAACUCACACACCACAGCUGGAGAGGUUGUGGAGAAGCUGAUCAGAGGUUUGGCCAUGGAGGAGAGCAAGAACCUGUUUUCUCUGUUUGAGCACAACGCCUGCACAGACCGAGCUUUGGAGAGCAGAGUGAUUGUGGCCGAUGUUCUGGCCAAGUUUGAGAGGUUGGCAGGUAGCGAAGAAGAGGAAGAGGAAGGAGAAUGGAAACUCUACUUCAAGCUCUACUGCUUCUUGGAUGUAGAGAGCAUGCCAAAAGAAGGGGUGGAGUUUGCUUUUAUGUUUGAGCAGGCUCAUGAGGUUUUGAUAAGCGGUCACUUCCCUGGCUCAGAGGAGACUUUGCAGCACCUGGCCGCUUUACGUCUCCAGUAUCUCCAUGUCGACGCGGCAGGGAGGGCCGGGUGGAGCCUGGGAAACGUUUAUCCAAUCGGACGUCUCCGCAAUCGCAUCCUCCACUCCACUAAGCCGGGCCUUGGGGCAGCAGGUGGGGCCGGAGGAGCUGGAGGAGGAGCAGGAGAUGGGAAAGGAAUGGCAGGAGUACAGGGAGGUGUCGGGGCGGGGGUAGAGAAACGAAGGACCCCGAGCUUCCUGGACGGCACCCUGAGGAGAAGCUUCAAGACUGGGUCACUAAAGAAGCAGAAGGUGGAGGAGGAGCAGAUGCUGGAGAUGUGGGUGAAGGAGGAGACGUCGGCCACACGGACGAGUGUUCUGGAAAAGUGGACCCGGCUGCAGGGCAUGCCUCAGCAUCAGGCCAUGCUCAAAUACAUGAGCGUUAUCAAGGAGUGGCCUGGAUAUGGAUCCACUCUGUUUGAUGUGGAGUGUAAAGAAGGUGGUUUCCCUCAUGAUCUGUGGCUGAGUGUGAGUGCUGACAACGUGUCCGUGUACAAACGCGGGGAACCGAAGCCACUGGAGACCUUCCAGUACGAACACAUCACCUUCUUCGGGGCUUCACAGCCGUGCACCUACAAGGUCAUCGUGGACGAGAGGGAGAUGUUCUUUGAGACGCCACUGGUCGGGGAGAUCACCAAAAUCAUGAGGGCCUACAUUAACAUGGUGGUAAAGAAACGCUGCAGCAUCAUGUCAGUGACUAGCAUAACCAGUUCCUGGGUCAGGUGAUUGCCACCAAUCAGUCAGAGCCGUCGGUUCAUCCCGUGGCAACAGAUGCCUCGAGCCACACGCAUCGGUUGGUUGUUUUGUUAUGGAGGCAGUCGCACCGGCCAGCUAUUCCUCAGAGAAGAGUGGUGGACGAUCGAACGGGGGAAAAGCGAGAUAGAGGUGGACACAGAAGCCAAACGCACACUCUACUGGGCCUGGGUCUCACCUGGGAUGGGGGGGAAUAAGGGAUCUAUUUAGAAAAUACGCAUGACAAAGAAAACAACCUGUAUUUCGGGACGGCCUCUUCAAAUACAUAACCUGCCAGUUCUAGUCCUGCAUGUAGAUGUUCAAGCACACUCCAAACUUCUCUCCGCUUCCCUUUCCGGACUUAACUCACAAGCACAACUCAGCCGUCCAGUCCCAGUCUGUCCCAAGUGCCCCCCUCACCCUCACCCCUACCCCCUCACCCCCACCCAACCCCCAGUGCACUGCCAGACAGAAGAAAGCCACACUUUCUCAGUUAAAUCUCUUUCUUUCUCACUCCUCCAAUUUCAAGAGUCUCUCUCUUUCUCUUCGUGUGUCCUCGCUCCUGUUACACCUUUGGUUGCUGUUGGUAUUGAGUUAUUAUGCUAAAUUCUUGCUUGCUUUCUCUCUGUUGUUCUUUCGCUCUCUCUGUCGUUUAUCCGUCACAUCAGCUGUGUCACAUCUGUUUAUGACUGAGAAAAAGGACUCAAUGAUGGUUCUUCUUCAGGCUACUAAAGGGGAAACUGAGCUCCCUGCCCGAAUAUAGUGUUCACUCGCUCACUCGUCAGAGCCACCGUGUGGCCACAAGAAGAGAACCAAGCCAAAGGAAAUGGCUUUAAAUAUUUCUGAACAAUAUCAAAUAGAUAUUCUUGAGGAAAAAAAGAGUAGAGGUUUUUGCUUUGGAGGCUCUGCGGUCAUGUUUAACUUGACACGGAGAGUCAGUGCAUGGUUAACAGCCUCACUCGGCUCGACAAGGAGAGCAAUAUCAACCAGAAUAGUAUGAGUUAAAAUAUUUCCCUAUCUAUGUCUACAUUUAACACACACACUACAUAUAUCUACUGUAUAUUCACAUGUACACAUAAACUGAACCAACAUGUAUUGUUUUCUACUGUAUAUCACACAUUAUAAGAGUUAUUAUUGAAUCUUUCAGUGGCCACUGCACUGUACAGUAUAUGGAUGCCAUACUAAAUGCAAUGUGACACCUCUCAUGUAAAAUACGUGCAAGUGAAUGGUGUGAAUAAUGACCACUGUAUUUCUGAAUAUGAUGCCAACACUGUACAUCAUUCACUGGCUGUGCCAUUAAUGUGACUCACAGAGAAAUUAAUAGUAAAAACACAGAUUAUAUUGAGACGGGCUGCUGUGUUGGUCAUGUUUCCAGUGUUUUAAUGAGUUUAUCAUUGCUGUUGCCUGUGGGACUCGCAUUAAUUGGAGCCAUACAAUAUUGUAUAUCCUUGUCUGCUCAUGCUAUUCUCACUUUAUUUCUUUAUUAAGAUCAGUGACUUGAACAACAAUGCAUUAGAGCUCCACUUUGUCUGUGUUUCCAAUCUGUUCAUGAACAUAUGACUUUUAUUACUGAUACUACUAGUAUUACUGUACUGUAUGCCCUCUGCUAUCUUAACCACCCUGAAGUGCUGUGUCUGGAAUGCUGCUGUGUGUGUGUGUGUGUGUUUGUGUGUGUGUGUGUGUGAGUGAGAGAGAGAGGGAGAGUGAGUGAGUGAGUGUAUUUAUGGUGUAACAGUUGAAAAGGGAAAUGAGAAGUGUUUGUAAUGAGUGUAUUCCUUUGAAAUAAGACGUAUUUACAUGACUAACCUUUGCAAAGAAUGGUGUCGUGAUUGUGAGUUAAAUGGAAAAGCAUGGGAGUAUUAGGGCUAGGGGUUAUUUCAUUUUUAUUGUACUGUAUGUAUUGCAAGAUGUGUUUGGGAGGAUAAUGUGUAAAAAAAAAUAUUGUUUUUUUUCUGUUUCAGUGUAAGAGGAACAGAUAAGACACUGUGAGGAUAUGGGCUCAGAGAUGGUUUUAAUUGUGCACUGGGAAUGUGUGUGUUGUGUGUGUGUGUGUGUGUAUUUUUGGACUGAAAGUGAAGUCACUAUGUUCUUUCAUCAGACUCUGUGCCGCUGCAGAGAGACGGCAUCAUCAUUAUAACCCAUCUUUGUAAACAAAUAUUAACUGGGAAUAACAUUGAGAAAAGAAAACUGUCUAAUAUUACAAAGGCGGUACAAUUAAUUGUCUCAUUUGGUUUAGGUAAAGUUCCCAAACUAGUUUUUUUGUCAAUAUUUUCCCUGGCAGUUAUGGCUUGCCAGAUACUUAAGUAAAAUUGAACUUCUUUUGGUAAUAUUGUCUGUUGUCUAUCUGGAGUACCACGUUUUGAGCCGUAGUCUGGAUUUUAGAAAUAUUGAGGUCAUGAGUCCCAAGACUUCAUCCCCCAACCCAAACCCUACACUCUAUAAAAUUAGAUCAGACACCAAAAUAAUAUAAUGAUAAGGGCUUUUUAAUAUUUUAUCUUUUUCUUAAGGUUCAAUUAUGGAUUUGGUUACAGAUUUUAUUUUAUCUACAUGGUUUUAUGUUGUUUCAACCUGGAAUAACAUUUUGUUGAGGAAAUGCCAGAUCAUUUAAUUUACCUGCAGGUAUUUAAAUAAAUAAAAACAUCUUAAAUAGUGGAAACAGUCAACCAAUAUACAUUUUUGAUUUUCGGACUUAAACUCCAUUUACCAUAAAAAUACCAAGGACAUGACCUUGGUGUCCUCAACAGUAUCUUCGGCCCUGGCUGCAUAUGCACAGCCCACUGGGAUCCUGCCUAUAGAGUUAGAAUAAGCAGAACUCACUGACAGGUUCCUGUUUGAACUUCAGGUUAAUUUAGUUUGGGCUAAAAUGAGAAGAGAACCAGAGAACCCAUAA